CUGUCAACCUGUUUCCAUUUCCACAAAAAAGCCCUAACCAAGUUGCUCAUCCACACUCCCAAUCUCCGUUACCCUCUCUCUCUCUCUCUAUCUCUCUCUGUCUUACGCGCACACACAGUAUGAUAACAGUUGCUUCCCCUUUUCUAGGAAAAUAUCUGCCAAUCUCUUGAAACAUUUUCAGAAAACAAAGCCCCCACAAAAGCCAUCAAAACACCAUACCCACACACACACCUUUUGAUGGUUUUCUAGGAUUGAUCAAACAAACUAACCACAAAAAGAGAUUAAUCUUAUGCCUCUCUCUCUCUCUCUCUCUCUCUCUCUGUAUUAUUGCAGCAUCCCAACAAUCAUCUUCCUCUCCCACUUCCAAACCCUCUCUCUCCAAUGAUGAAAUGAAACCCAAAUGAAAUCUCAAUCUCUGAUCAAAAGUCCCUGUUACAGUUCUCAUCAACAGUAACAUCCUCAUACUUCUACAGCUCUCUCCAGUAGACUGCACUCUCUCUCUCUCUCUCAAUGGACUCAAACCCCCUAGAAAUGCACACUUUAAACCCAAACAACAACACAACCAUCAUCACCAACACCACCACCAUAACCACCUCAGCCUCAGCCUCAGCCUCAGCAUCAUCAUCUUCAUCAUCCCCAACAACCCUAAGCCGGUACGAGAACCAAAAGCGGCGAGAUUGGAACACCUUCGGGCAGUACCUCCGCAACCACCGCCCACCACUCUCUCUCUCCCGCUGCAGCGGCGCCCACGUCCUGGAAUUCCUCCGAUACCUGGACCAAUUCGGCAAAACCAAAGUCCACACCCAACUCUGCCCCUUCUUCGGCCACCCCAACCCUCCUGCCCCCUGUCCCUGCCCUCUCCGCCAAGCCUGGGGCAGCCUCGACGCCCUCAUCGGCCGCCUCCGUGCGGCCUUCGAGGAAAAUGGUGGCAAGCCUGAAGCCAACCCAUUUGGGGCUCGAGCUGUUAGGCUUUAUCUGCGUGAGGUUCGGGACUCUCAGUCCAAAGCUAGGGGAAUUAGCUACGAGAAGAAGAAGCGGAAGCGGCCGCCUGCGGUGGCGGCUGCAGCGGUGGCGGGGCAGCAACCACCGGCAUUGCCACCUCCAAGUGCAAAAGAUUCAGAAGUUGGAGGACUAAAGUGAGCAUGAAAAACCCAAAAGCCCUUAAUUUGAUGUGAAAUCUAAGGGCUGCUCCAAUGGUUGUCAUCAAAGGCAGGGGUCGACUGGCCGGUUGACCGGUAAGGCAAAUAUAUUUUUUUUUUUUAAAACUUGUUUGAACUUGAAUAUUUGAACUGUUUGAACCUUUUACCGGUUGACCGGUUGGUCGACCGACCGGACGUCCAGCAGGUUGACCGUGGCCCCACUUGCAACGUUACAGCACAAUGAAUUGGUGAAGGUUCACGCAGAUUCUCAAUUUGAUGAAAAAUUUGCUCUGUUCUCAGUGUGAUAUCGGUUUGGUGAAACUAUU